GUCAUCUCAAGUGUUAUCAGCCCAGUAGUAGCCGCUGCACGGGAGCUGAUCUACUCGUCUACUUAUUAUUCUUCUAAUGCGUAUUAUUACGGUUUUCUGUGUAUUUCUCAUCUGUUACAGAGCAGAUGGAGUAGAUAUUCUCGUAGCAUAUGAUGAUGGAGUAGAAUAUUUCAACAGUUCAGAACACAGUUUCCGUUCUUUGGUACUACCAUCGGCUCCUGUGUCCGCAGUCGACUACCACUACCAGAGAAAAGAAGCAUUUGCUGCUUGGGAUAACCGCAUUUAUCGAUUUCCUCUUUUCAAUAAUGACUCCAGUAGGUCAUUCAGUCCUACUUCAGUUGCGAAUAUUUCGCUCUGUUGGUCAUUCGCGGUGGACUGGGUGCACGACCAUGUGUUUUGGCCGGAUUGCGGCAUCGACGCAGCCAUCAUGAUGUCGGAUCUAGAUGGCGGCAACAUCACAGUGAUUGUCCCAUUGUCACAGAAUCGUCCGAUAUGGAUUCCUGACAUAGCCAUCGAUCCUUACAGAGGACUCUUGUUUUGGAUCUCAGAUGGCUCUGUGUUAUCCUGCGGGCUGGACGGAAGGGAGAUCACAACCGUUGCUAAACUCGCCUUCACCGAAGCUGUGAACCUCGUGUUGGACAUGGUGGCAAAGAGAAUCUACCUGCUCAGUCGUAACAAGAGCUUCAAUGGUAUCUAUUACCUCGAAUACCACAGUUCUGAGCCUCUUCUCAUACAUGAUGAGGUCGAUGGUAAGAUCUGGAGCUUCAGUGUGUAUAAGUCGCAGCUCUACUUGUGUUACGAUAGCAGUAACGGCACUUACUUGACUACUCGCUCUGUUGCUGACCACGCUAGUUCUAAACAACAACUUACUAACUUAUCCAAGACGGUUUGGCAUAUGAAAGUCAUCGAUCCGGAACUGCAGACUCCUCCUGAGAUCGACCAAUGCACAUCCAAGGGAUGUUCCCACCAUUGCGUCGUACAGGAGUCGCUUGCUCUGUGCCGCUGCCCACGGAACUUCCACCUUGGCCGUGACCAGAUGAUUUGUGAAAUAAUUCAGGCCAAGAACGAUACAUUCCUCAGCGUGUUGGAAGGCAUCGCUUGUGUCGUGUUUAUCUUGUUGGCUGCAGGAAUUCUGAUGUGUCUCUGCGACAAAGUAUGGUCCAAUGUGCACCCCACCGUAGUACGUGUGACAAGCCCUUCUAACAGCUUCAAACGGCGUAUAUAUAAAGGCAGUGAUCUUAGUGAGAACCUUAUUUAAGGUAAAAUUUAUUCAAAUAAAAGUGUUUUUACAACUAA